CAGUGGAUUCUCUGACAUUAGCAAAGGAGUCUGUAGGUUAUAUCAUUUUGGAUUUGAGGUCUGUUCAAGAGACUAAACAGGACAACAGCAUCAGUAAUCAAGCUACCAUUUUGAGUUUGACUUUUUUUAAAAUGCACCCAAAUGGUAUCCCUUGCUUAGCAGCAAAUACACAAAAAGUAAACCUGAGAUCAGGAUUGGCAUUGUAUUGGAGACUGAUGUUAAACCACAGAUAGAAGGUUUCAAAGCCAAAGAGGCUCCUCCAAGAGAUGGGAAAAUGAUAGAAACUUCGCCUGAUCCCAUCCUGGAUUUGAACCCCAAGGAUCUGACUGCAGUUCUGAAUGAGGACGAAAGCUAUUAUCAGAUUGGGCCAGCAGAAUUCUGCACCGAUUUCUUUAUGCUUUCUGUGACCAUUGCAUUUGCAACACAGUUAGAGCAGUUGAUUCCAAGUACAAUCAAGCUACCAGAGGGGAGACCUGAAUUUUUCUUUUACUACACUUUGCUGGGAAAUGAUGUCACCAAUGAUCCUUUCAUUGACCUGAUGAACCCGAACUUUGCACCUGAAAGAGCUUCAGUGAGAAUUCGGAGUCAACUAGACGUUCUCCAGCUGUUCUUAUCUUCCCAACCAAAUCUCCAGAUUCAUUUGUGCUGUGGCGACAGGUCAUUGGGCAGUACAGAGGUCUCACUUGCAGGAUUAUUAAAAAGAGGCCAAGAAAUAGAUCAGCACCCUGCAGCAGUUGAAGGAGCUUUUACUUUGGUGCCACCUAACAAAGCAAAGCAAAAGGACCCUCCUCUGCCACUUGAGUUGUCUCCGACUGUGGGCGUGUCAGUAACUCUUAGAAAAGAAGGAAUAAAAUCUCAGCAAUCUAGUCCAGGUAAAAUGGAACCUGAACCUAAGUCUCCAGUGAUGCAGCGAAUAGUUUCUCCUCCAACUGUUAAACCUUCAGUUCCUGAACAAAAGCCCAAGAAUGUAGAUGUUGCAAACAUUUCUCCCGAACUUAGUGAUUCCCCUCCCAGCAGAGACCAGGCCACAGAAAAUGAGGCGAAUAGCCUGCAGGGAGAAGAAAAUAAAGAGAUUCAAAAAGAUAAACAACAAUUAGAACAGCAAUCAGGAGCAGCAUUGCAUUCCAAGGCACAUUCAUCUCAAACUGUUAAACCUUCCCAAGCACCAGUUGCGGCAAUGGAACCACAAUGUGGUCCUGCCUUAGUUUCCAAGUUAUCUGAUUCUUCUUCAGCACCAAAGAUUUCCAUUCCAGCAUCAGCACACCAUUUCUGUUUUGCCCUGGAUAUAAGAAGUAUUAGACAGCUGGAUGUCAGUUUUGCUGUGAAUUGUAUUGUACGGUACUCUUAUCCAUUUUUUGGAACUGCAGCCCCAAUCAUGACGAAUCCUCCAGUGGAGGUGAAGCGAAACAUGGAAGUGGUCUUUCCUCAAUCAUACUGCGCAUUUGAUUUUGCAGCACUACCUCAUCAACUGCAAGAUACUUUCUUCAGGUUACCUUUGUUGGUUGAAGUAUGGCACAAAGAUAAAAUGGCCAAAGACUUGCUGUUGGGAGUAGCAAGAUUGAAAUUGUCCAAUGUUCUGACAGCAGAAAAAUCUCGCUUUUUGGGACCAUCAGGAGAUCAGUGUUGGCGUCAGACCUACAGUGAGAGGAUACCAGUGAUAGCAACACAGGGGCCAAGCAACAAAAUUGCUGAACUGUACUACUCCAUGACACUGGAGGAUUAUAAUUUUGUAAAAACUCAACAUGUUACUGUAUCUGAUUCAUCUCAGAAUUCAAAUGUUGGAUACCAGCAACAGCCUGAUCCUUCAGCUAAGCCUGAUCAGGCGUCAGAGCCAGGUCGUGACCCUAGGCCUCGUGAGACGAUGGAAUAUAAAGCUGCAUUAGAGUUAGAAAUGUGGAAAGAAGCACAAGAAGAUUUGUUUCAGGACCAGUUGAAGCACAAAGAGUUGGCACACAUGCAAGCCCUUGCUGAGGAGUGGAAGAAAAGAGACCGAGAAAGGGAAGCACUUGUGAAGAAAAAGGUGCUUGAAUAUGCUGCACUUGAGGAACGACUACAAAAAACAUUGGCAGAUUUGGAAAAAAGAGAGAGACAGCUUGCUCAUGGUGAAGUGGAGCUCCAGAGGUUGAGAAGAGAGUUACAAGAUGAGCAUGAUCGGAGUUUGCGAGAAAUGCAAGACACCAUGAGACGUUGUACAGAAGAUUCUGUCCGUCAGGUAGAGCUGGAAAAGUUAAAACUUAACCAGUUGGAACAAGAUAAGUCUCGUUUACAACAGCAGCUCCAUGAAGCAGAACAGAAAUACAAACUACUUGAAAAAGAGUUCCAUCAGUACAAGGAGCAGCAGAGCAGUAAACCUGAAAUUCGACUUCAGUCAGAGAUCAAUCUUUUAACUCUUGAAAAGGUGGAAUUUGAGAGGAAAUUGGAAUCGGCCACAAAAUCUAAGCUGCACUAUAAGCAGCAGUGGGGGCGAGCGUUGAAAGAGUUAGCACGGCUAAAACAGCGUGAGCAAGAAAAUGCUAUGGCACGACUUAAGAAACAGCAACAAGAACUGGAACAUAUGAGGUUGCGUUACCUGGCAGCUGAGGAGAAAGAAGUAGUUAAAACAGAACGAGAAGAAUUGGCAGAAAUUAGGAAUGAAUUGAACAGGUUAAAGCUACAAGAAGUCAAAGAAGCUUCAGAUCAGCGUGCUCCUGCAGUUGGAAGGGAGGCUGGAGAUCAUGUUCAACGUCCAGAUGAGGCUUUGGACAACUACCUUGCUCGGCUCAUAGAGGAGAGGGACACUUUACUAAGGACAGGGGUAUACACUCACGAGGAUCGGAUUAUCAGUGAGCUUGACAAACAAAUCCGUGAAGUUAUGAUAAAAAGAGGUGGUCAGAGAUGAAAAUAAUAUGUCACUGAAUGUUUAUGUGGCAUGUAACAAGACAACCACAAAAUCAUCUACCAUUUCACCAAUCAUACCUUUGAUAGAAACUUAGUGUAAAUUUUGUGUAUAUUUCAUAUUUUCAUAUUUGAUAGAGUUUACAUUGACUUUUAUACAACUAAUAGGUUUUUGAAAAAUUAUCUUGAAACAAAAUUUCUGUUCAUUCUUUGUACAGCUACUUCUAUUGAUGUGUGAUGUUUUUAAUAUGGGUCUAUAAAUAGCUAUUUUUGAGAGUAAACCCCACUCAAAUUCAUUAAAUACCCAAUUAAAUUUUAUGCAUUUUUUUCUUUGAUAGUAUCACUAAACUGAUAAGCUGAUGCCGUACAUGCAGGGAAAUCAGCUAUCAAGAAGAACAGAUAUGACAAUAGCGCCUCAUGGUAAAAACGAUAGCUGAGCUAAAAAAAAUUUUUUGAAAGGGCCAUAGAAUGUGGAGAUAUCAGGAGGUUUCUGCUUUGUAUAGAGCAAUAAAUUCACUACCUGCGAUUGCGGUAUAUGCAAAAUUUUGGAACUGUACAGAGGACAUGUUUUAAUACGAUCUUCUGUUGGGAAUCUGAAAUUAUUUGAAUGGCAUUUUAAAAAAAUCAAUAUCAAAUAAAUAAUCCAUUUUUUAAAAUCAUGUUCAUUGAGAACCUAGCUGCCUUAGCAAACAUAUCUAAAAGUCCUUUAUUCCACAUAUACUAUAUGGUUAAUAUACUCAACCAGUUUGGUUUUAAUUUAUUUUUUAUUAUUGUGACUUGAAACAUGCCAUUCUGUCAAAGUAAUUACAGUGCAACUCUCAGAGUAAAAAUCUGACUAAGUGUACUUGUGUCAAACGUGACAAAAAUUUGCAUUUUGCAGUUAAGCUAAGUAGAAAAUAAUUUAAUUGCAACUUUUUAGAAUGAGUAUUUACCAUGCAAAAGAUGCCAAAUCAGUAUCAACGCAGUUCUAUAGGCUGGCUGAAGAGGUUUUACAGGAUUUAAUAGUCACAAGUAUUGCUUUCUGCUCACUUUCAGAGGAGAAUGCACCUGUAUUACUUUAAAUAUUCUGAAAUUAUUUCACUUCAAAGGUUUUAAUUAAGUGCUUUUGCUCAUUUAGUCAGUUGAUGUUAUUUACAUGAUUUUGUAAAAUGUUUUGUCAGACUAAUUUUAAAAAUCUUAAUUCACCAACUCUUGUUUAAGUAACACACAGAUGUGGAAAAAUUGCACUAAGUUUGGCUUUUUAAAAUGUGUUGUCUGAAGUUUUAAAUAAGUAGAUGAGGAAUAUAUAUAUAUCUCUUAAUAAAAUUUAUUUUCCAAUGUUGAAAUUUAUGUAUUAACAAGCAUUUAUAGAGGUAUUGACCUACUGCAUCACUGUAAAUCUUAUUCCAAGUCCUUCAGUUUGAAGAUUUCAAAGAAUGUUUUUUGGAAAAUAUCUGGAAUGCAGAGAAGGUAUACGUGGACAAACCAAGUAUUAGUCAGUAUCAUAGUUGUUUUCUGUGCACAAAUAUAUUCAGGUUAUGACUUCAGCUCAGCAAACCCGAACACACUUGCUAUAAUUGAUAGUCAAACAAUAAUUUAUUUUAAGCUGCUUUUUUCUCCCCAUUUUGAAUCAUUUAUUAUUAAGAGAUUGAGAAAGAAAGUGGAGAUUAGGCCCUAGAUACUACAGUAAUUAUGAAUGGUAAAGUGGGAUUCAAGGGCCAUGUAGUUUACUCCUAUUUCUUAUGUUCUCAUGUUAGACGUAAAGGAACUUCAUGUGUCUACAUUGUAUAAAAUUUCCUGAUUCUUGAGAAUAUAUAUUCUAAUUAAGAUUGCUUAAGUUGGUGAAGGGAGUAUUACUGGCAGAAGUUCUAGAAAGGUCCCAGUCAAUUAGAAAACUGCGGCUGUAGCAUCCAUGUUCAUGUAAAGGAGACAAAGCAGAAAACUAUAAAUUAUACACAGCCCAGCAACUGUACUUUGGAAAAUAUGGAACCCUAUUGGAUGUUGACAUAUAUUGUAAAAGGUAAUAAAAUACAAAAAGAAAGGUCUUGCUGUACAGGGUGGUGGUGAACAGACCUAGUGUACUGUGUACAGUUUUGCUCUUAAUUAAGGAAGAAUAUACUUGUGCUGGAAACAAUUUAGCGAAGGUUUAUUUGGGUGAUUUUGAGUCUGCCCUUAUGAAGAAAAAUUGGGUCUAUUAGACUGAAGAAAAUUGACAAGAUAUUUUGAAAUAUUUGGUUCUGAGGAGACUUGACAAAGUCAAUACUGAGGAUGUUCCGCUCUCUGGGUAGGGGGUGCUUAAAAUAGAAGGUAAGGUUUUAAAAUCGGGAUUAUUACCCAUUUUAAGAUGGCAUUGAUUUUUUUUUUUAAAGAAUCCUGAAUCUUCAAAUUCUUGACCAAAGUUACUGAGAUGAAUUGUUAAAUAUAUUGGAUAGAUGUAACUAUCAAAGGUAAUGGGGAAUGAUGGGAAAAUGACAUUAAAGUCAGGAUCAUAUCAACCAUAAUAAUAUUAAAUGUUCAAGGAGCUGUAUGGCCCACUUAACCUUAGGGCAGUGUCAGGAUUGUAUCAACCAUGAUAAUAUUAAAUGGUCAAGGAGCUGUAUGGUCCACUUAACCUUAAAGCAGUGUUGGAGGUAAACGGCUGACAGCAUUGCAUAAGAAGUUUAGGAUUGUUCUGUUCCUCCCAGUAAAAUAAAAACAAAACCUGUUGUACAAUAUCAUAACUAAUAUUUAUUCCAUUGGAAUAGGAAAGUCCGUGCAGUGAAAUCUGAAUAUGUAACUAAUCAGUACGGUUUGCAAGAAAUCAACCUGCUAUUUGAAUCUCCUUGGCACAAAUGAUGGAUUUGUUAGCAGCAGAGGGCGCUGCUCCUGCAAAGAAAAAGCUCUGGUCCUAUGUGGUAGUAUUGGUUUUCUACUUACCAUUCUCCAUGAAAUUUGAUUCUAUUUAACAUUAUGGAUCAGAACUUGAACUGCAAAUUUUUAAUGCAACUUUUGUGAUUUAAUUGAAUUGGUUUUUGAUUUAAUAAACAAA